AUGGAACUGACUAUUCUUCUCGAUGAAGUUCUCCUACAGUCCUACCUACUAUUCUUACUUUAAUGUACUUGAUUAGUGUAGGACUAAACCAGACAAGUUUUAAGGGAAUUUAUAGUAAUAAUGACACCCUACCCCGUCGUACUAUAAAGUUUUCUCGACCUCUAAUUCUUGUAACAGACAACAGGAUGAUUAUGCAAUGUGUGAGGAUCAGAAAUUGCACUGGAGAUGUCUUUUGCUGUAAAAAGGCAUUCUUUCGUGUACUUUAUCGCAAGUUGAAAGAGGCCAGAGUGUUGCUGCAUUGCCUUUCGUUUCUUCAUCUAACCUGCAUUGCCUUCUCCCAGACUUGCCAGGAGGAGAAGGUUAUCAUUACAAGAACUGCUAAGAGGACUGAAGAAACAAGUGUAUCGGUCUUCUAAAGCUUAUAUUGGCUCUUGUGGACCAAAGAUUUUAGCAGGUUGUUUACACCCGCUUCCGGCAAAACCCUAGGGCCCUGUUUAAUGGGCCAUGAGAGGAUGGGCCCAGCAGUGUAUUGGAUCAUCAACAGGCUUAUUAGGGCCCAGAUUUGUAUGGCUAGGUCCUCCUUGUCAGAUAUUCAAAAGGCCGUUGACAUGAAGCCGUUUAAGUCCCUGAAUAAUACGAGCAGCUCCUUGAGAGGUUUAGUACGUUUAGGGACAGGUGGCAUCUGUUUAGUACGUUUACAAUGAAGGUUGAAGAAUCAUGGUGGACUGUUAUGGGGCCGAGUCUCAAGUGAAAUUGGUUCAUGCAGGGAAGAAGUCCCUGAAAUGUAAGAGUUGUGACCGUUUGUUGACCAAAUCUAAGGGACGCGUGGCAGCAAUCAGAGGAAUCUCAGGAGAAAUCAAUGGCUGCCGUAUUUUUAGUUUAAGUUCGAAUAAUUGGAGCGUUGGCAGGGGUUGAACGUGGAGCGCUACCAGGGUCUACUGGGCUGUUUAUCUGGGGAUCUGUUGAUAUUUAUAGGGGAAAGGAGG